UGAAAAUCUUAGUAGGCCAUUUUGUUAUAUCUGACUUGAGCGUGAAAAUUUUCGCCAGCAAAGUUUCAAUUUUCAGUGGCAUAGCUGCAAUAAAAAAAUAAAAUCUAAUUUCAGAUUAUUAAAAACCAACCAAAACAGGAAUAAAAUGGGUCGCAAGAAGAAGAAGGCCUCGAAACCAUGGUGCUGGUACUGCAAUCGUGAAUUUGACGAUGAAAAGAUUUUGGUGCAACAUCAGAAGGCGAAACAUUUCAAGUGCCACAUUUGUCACAAGAAAUUAUAUACAGGGCCCGGUUUAUCGAUCCACUGUAUGCAAGUGCAUAAAGAAACAGUAGACAAGGUACCCAACUCUUUGCCCAAUCGCUCAAAUAUUGAAGUAGAAAUAUUCGGGAUGGAUGGAAUACCAGCGGAGGAUGUGCGCGAGCAUGAACGACAGAAAAAUGGCGGCAAAUCGGAUUCGGACGACGACGAGCCAGCCGCAAAGAAAAAAGUUGAAAUUCCAUUAACGGCACCACCGCCUAUGAUGAUGCCCCCAAACAUGAUGCCACCGAUGAUGGGCCAAUUCGGACCAAUGGGGAUGAUGCCAAAUAUGCCACCUAUGGCACCAAUGCCUCCAUUUUUAGGGCCCGGUGGUAUACCAAUGAUGCCGCCACACAUGAUGCCGCCGCGACCACUUUUUCCGGCAGCAAUGGCUGCCACUACUUCUGCAGCAGCGGUGCAUGCAGCCGCGGUUUCUCAAAAGCCAACUUUCCCUGCGUACAGUAAUGCAACGAUUAGCGCACCGCCAACAACCAAUAAUCCCAGUGCCACAGGAAGUACAGCGCCAGCUGAAGCGCCAAAGGCACCCGCAACAGCUCCAAGCGGAACUGCUGCUGGUGUAACGUCAAAAAUCAUGCAUCCACCGGAGGAUAUGAGCUUGGAGGAGUUACGUGCACGGAAACCCAAGUAUCAACAAAAAUUACAGAAUAGCGGAGGCAGCAACAGCCAUCAACAACGCACCACAUCGGCUGGCACGCUCAGUCAUAAUCAUAAUACCGUCGUGAGCAGCACAUCAUCCAUGACAAUUCCAACAAGUUCGAGUACGUCGAGUGCAGCAGCAGCCGCUCAAGCUGCGGCUAUAUCAAAGGCCCAGGAAACUGCUGCAAUGGUAGCGGUUGCACAGGUCCAAGCAGCUCAGGCCCAGGCACAGGCACACGUCCAGGCGCAGGCUCAAGCGCAGGCGCAAGCACAUGCUCAAGCGCAGGCUCAGGCUCAAGCACAGGUGCAGGCAGCUCAAGCACAUGCGCAUGCACACGCAGCAGCACACGCGCAGGCAGCUCAGGUACAAGCACAGGUGGCGCAAGCACAAGCGCACGCACAUGCGCAGGUCGCUCAAGCGGUAGCUGCUCAACAUCAACAACAACAAAAGCAAUUGGAAGAUCUCAAUCGUGCUGUGCUUCUUCAGAGGCUACAGGCCGGACGCUCGGGCCAUCCACAAUCGGCACUCGGCGCACCAACUGCAACGGCCGUAGGCAUGAUGCCGUUGCCAGGGCAAAUGCAAUUAAUGCAACCAAUGCUGCGUCCUGCCAUGGCACUGGGACCGCAUGGACCGUUGCUGGGUGGCAAUAUGUUGCGUGCACCAGGCGGUUUGCCCGGAAUGCCAGGUCUGUUGCCAGUACAAGCCAUACAAAUGCCGGGUAUGCCGAUGCCCGGUAUGGGUGUCAUGCUACCAGCCGGUCAUCCUGUACUGCAAAUGAUGCCACGAUUUCGGUGAUCCGUUGCCCAAGGUGCGCCGCCAAUUUGUUUGUCGACGCCGCUCUUAGAAACUCCGAUGCCGUUAUUAUAUCCACCUGAAAGAUAAAAUUGGAAACAAGCAAUAAUGCAUUUAGCAUCACCCAAAAAAAUUUUCUAAACUAAUGGAAAAUGAAAACGACGGAAACAUCGAUGUCAUAAAAAAAGAUUUCAGCGCAGCAAUGCCACCCAGCUGAUUAAGGCAAAAAAACUGGCAAGCGUAUUGUCGUCAACGGAUGCAGCCGUUAUCAAUGAUCACAAAGACAACAUUAAAUUUGAACGCCCUCAACAAAAACAACUAGAGCGGCAACAAGCAAGUUCAAACAUUUUUAAAUCCAUUGUUUCUAUUCGUAAACUCACUUUUAAAUUCAUAACUACUAAAUAUUUUUUUUUUUUUUUUUUGAAAUUUGAAUGAGCCUAUUAUUUAAGCAGCAUUGUUAUUGCCGCCUUAUACAGAAAACAAGUUUGUACUCUACUUAAUAUCGCCCCUUCACCUAAAGUUUGUUGCUAUAAGCCAUUUUAACUAAAAGCCGUGCCGUCACACAUACUCAUGCACUUAAUAAGUGCACUAGAACCCAGCCAAUCACACAAACAGGCAGGCGGAGGGAUGGAGCAGAACUACCAGCUGGUACUUUGCACACACACACACACACACACACACACGCACACAUACACACAUAUAAAAAGAAAUCGUUAAUUUAACCAACUAGAAAAAGUUAUGUGCAAAUGCGCUUUGGGUUAAUGUGGUGGCUAGUAAUUAUAGUUAUAUAAUGUAUUAGUUUUCCGUUUAAAUUGUUAUCAUUUUUUACACAUAUGAAUUCGCUUUAGUUUUCUAAUUUCUUCCUACAUAUAAUGCUAUUUACAUACACAUAUACUCCUAUAUAUAUACAUACAUACAUACAUGCAUAAUAUGUACUCUGUUUUUGUUUUUAGUUAUCAGCGAGUUUUUUCAGUUAAACUUAAGUAUGGUUAGACAAAAAAAAAUUUAAAGCAAAGCAAACAUAGGCACGCAAUAAAUUGAGAAGAAAACGUAAGUUUUUGCAACCAAUACGUAAUUUAAGUGACUAUUAUUGAGUAUGAAUGUGUAUUAUAGCCUUGUAUAUGGAUUACAUACAGACAGUAUACAUACAUACAUACGUACAUACAUACAUAUGUACAUACAUACAUAUGUUCGUUUAUAUAUUUUCAAUAGUGCAUUAUAGAUGAAUGACAUGCAACCGUAGUAUAUAGACACUACAUAAAACAAACCAUUCAUGGAGUGUACAUAAAUUCAUAAUAAGUACAUACAUAUGUACUUACAAAAUACUAUAUUCAUCUGAAUAAUACUAAUCUCAAUAACAACUUUUUCCAUUACUAGGUCUCUGGUCUUUUUAGAUUUCUGACAUAAUUUGGCUUCAGUGUAUUUUUCACAAAUCACUAUUUAAAAAUUAAUUAAAUUAAUUAGAGAUACAUACUUUUCGCUGAUUUUUGAAGCUUUCAUUGUCGUCAUCAUUUUGUAUACAUAUGCACAUAUAUGUUUGCGGAUAAGUUUUAAUGCUCUUUUGCUGGUUUAUAUAUAACUUCUUCCCAUUGACACAUUUCCUUAGACACUAUGCACGCAGAAAAAGAACAAGUUGAGAGAUGAGGUUAUAUUUUUAUUCUUGAUUUAUUUUCAAAAGGGCCUUUUAAUUUUAAUUGUAAUUUAAAUGUACCUUGGAAUUUUGGAUAUUUUUGAAAAUUUUUAUAAUCUGUGCACAUGUGUAUACAUUUUUACCAGUCCGUUUUCGGACUCAUAACAUAACCUUCCCAUCACAUACUAACCUCCCCAACUUUAUAUGAUCUGUAAAUUAUUUAAAUUUCUAAAAAAAAUUAAGUAGUAGACUACGCUUUUUCCUCACCUUUUCGUGCAUUAGUCUUGUGUUAGAAAUUUACAUAGGUAAUCGCACAGUCAUAACUGUGGUAAAUUGCAUUUUCAUAUAAUUUGGCACUGUACUAUUUAUUUUUUUGUUGUGUCUUUACUUAAAACUUUUCCUCAUCACUCUUUAUCACUUGAAAUUUUUUAUGUACGUAUAUUAAAUUCAUAUUAAUUUUUUAACAGGUCCACGACAACGUUGGUCGAUUGCGAUGAUGCGCUCGAUCUGUAGUUUAUUUUCCGUGUGCAACUGACUAACUUAUAUAGAAAAAAUAAAAUAAAAAUUCGUAAAAGAUAAAAAAAAAACUCAAACAUACAUACGUAACCGUAGCACACAGCCACUGAGUAAGCAAUCACUCUUUACUAUAAUUUUCGUUUUUCGUAAUAUUUGUUUAAUAAGUAUAAAAAAGUUCAAAGCACGCAAUAAUUAGUGUACUAAACAUAUGUAUGGUAUUUAGUAUGUAAA